CAGAGACAGCGAGAAGAAGAGAGAGAGAGAGAUGGACAGAGAAAAAGAGCAGGAGAAAGAGAUGAAGGAGAAAAGAAAACAUAAGCUGAUGAUGGAGAUGAAGAGGGAGAAUGGAGAGGUGAAGAUCCUGGAGAAAGGUGACAGAGAGAAGCCGAAGAUCGACUCCGCUGAGGAUCUGCUGAUGAAAAAGGUCAAGAAGAAAAAGAAAAAGAAACACAAAGAAGGUGAAAAGCGGAAGCGGCCCAAGAUGUACAGCAAAUCUAUCCAGACGGUGUGUUCUGAUCUCCCCAAAUCUGGCUCAGAACUCAAGCCGCCACCUCCAGUCCAGCAGGGCGGCGCUCUGAGCUCCGUCAGCAGCCUGAAGCAGGAGAACAGCUGUGGCCAGAGCGCGAGCGCAGCAGACGGCGAGGCCAGAGCCGCUAAACUGGAGCGGCUGGAGUUCGGCUGUCUGGUUCACGUGGAGCACCAGCCGAACGGAGGAGCUCUGGUGGCUCACGCCUACAGCAAGGAGCUCUCUGUCCUGUCUCCUGUGGAGAUGCAGAGGUUUGCGCAGGAGUUUGUGACGCUAGCGUUUUGCGAGGACCAGGAUGGAGCCGCUAACUACGUGAUGGGUGUGAUUCACGGCGCCGCCUCCUACCUCCCAGACUUCCUGGAGUACUUCUCUACUAAGUUCCCCAACUCACCCGUCAAAAUGGAGAUCCUGGGGAAGAAGGACAUCGAGACGACUAGUAUGGCAAACUUCCACACUCAGGUUAGUAGAUGCACAGGCUGUGUUGCACUGUUGGGUGUUUGUGUUCAGACCUGUGGCCAGAGCGCGAGCGCAGCAGACGGCGAGGCCAGAGCCGCUAAACUGGAGCGGCUGGAGUUCGGCUGUCUGGUUCACGUGGAGCACCAGCCGAACGGAGGGGGUCUGGGGGCUCACGCCUACAGCAAGGAGCUCUCUGUCCUGUCUCCUGUGGAGAUGCAGAGGUUUGCACAGGAGUUUGUGACGCUAGCGUUUUGCGAGGACCAGGAUGGAGCCGCUAACUACGUGAUGGGUGUGAUUCACGGCGCCGCCUCCUACCUCCCAGACUUCCUGGAGUACUUCUCUACUAAGUUCCCCAACUCACCCGUCAAAAUGGAGAUCCUGGGGAAGAAGGACAUCGAGACGACUAGUAUGGCAAACUUCCACACUCAGGUGAGGAGGAGUUACUCUCACGGGACGUACCGCGCCGGUGCUAUGAGGCAGAUCAGUCUGGUGGGCGCCGUGGACGAGGAGGUGGGCGAUUAUUUCCCAGAGUUCCUCAAUAUGCUGGAGAAGUCGCCCUUCCUGGAGCGGACGCUGCCGUGGGGGACGUUCUCCAGUCUGAAGCUGAAGAGCCCGACAGACAGUGACGAUGGGCCCAUCAUGUGGGUUCGACCCGGAGAGCAGAUGAUCCCGGUCACAGACAUGCCAAAGUCUCCCUUCAAACGGAAACGGUCGACUAAUGAAAUUAAGAAUCUUCAGUAUCUGCCGCGAAUCAGUGAGCCGCGCGAGAUGCUGUUUGAGGACCGGACCAGAGCUCAUGCUGACCACAUCGGUCAAGGGUUCGAACGCCAGACCACUGCUGCUGUGGGAGUGCUGAAAGCUGUCCGCUGUGGGGAAGGUGCUGAUCCUCCACGCAUAACCAAAGACGUGAUCUGUUUCCACGCGGCUGAUUUCCCUGACGUGGUGCAGCGGCUGCAGUUAGACCUGUAUGAGCCGCCUCUGUCUCAGUGUGUGCAGUGGGUGGAUGAUGCUAAACUCAAUCAGCUGAGGCGAGAGGGAAUCCGCUACGCUCGUAUCCAGCUCUACGAUAACGACAUCUACUUUAUCCCUCGCAACGUAGUUCACCAGUUCAAGAGCGUGUCGGCCGUGUGCAGCCUCGCCUGGCACGUGCGUUUGAAGCAGUAUCAUCAGCAGCCCGAGGAAGAGGAGGCUCGUGAGGAAGGCAAGGAGCUGAAGCAGCACAUCAAGCAGGAGUCAGCUGGCGAGAAUGGCAGAGCUGCAAACACAGACUGCAGAUCUGCGCAAGAGUCGCCGUGCGUAACGCAAAUAAAGAUGGAGCGGGCGGAGCUACUCACUGACAGACCGCCCAAACCUCCUCCUGGAAGUAACAGCUCGACUCCGCCUCUCGUCUCCUCUGACGGCCGACCCAAAGCACACCACCCGGCAGAAUGUCCAAGCGCUCCGUCACACCCGUCACGCAACCCCACAGCCGGUCCACACACACCCAAACACACACACACAUCAACACCAACCAAACACACACACACACCAGCACCAACCAAACACACACACACCUCCGCCUCCAGAUAUCUCCAUUCUUCCUCUGUCCCCAAACUGGUCUACACGCCCUCAACACCAACUAAACUCAGCCAUUCUGCCAACACAACCAAACCCAUGCAACCUACUAACACAUCCAAACCAACACAACUGGCUAACAUAACCAAACCAACACAACCCACUAAUGCGACCAAACCCACACAACCUACUAACACAACCAAACUCACACACCCUACUAACACAACCAAACUCACACACCCUACUAACACAACCAAACUCACACAACCUACUAACACAACCAAACCCACACAACCUACUAACACAACCAAACUCACA